AGCACCAUCGGAAUGCUUGAUUGCAAUUUAAAUAUGGUUUAUUUUUGUACAUUUUAAAUCUACAUAAACAGGGUGUUUCGUUUACCUUGUCUACCUUAAUAUCUUCAUUAUUAUUAAUGGUACAAAAAAUGUGCCAAGAUACAAAAUUGUUUGGUUCAAAACGACAAAUAUUUAUUUAGGAAAAUUUUUUAUGAUUAUUUGCAAAGCAAACGACCUUGUCGAGCUGAAUGGCCUUGAAAUAUGAUGCCAAGAUCAGUAUUCUGAACAAAUUUUCCCUAUAAAUAUUACCGUCGCUUGCACAAACAUAUUCGAUAUGUAUACCUAUUAUAUUUUGCUGUUUACUACAUGUGCGUUAUUAGUCUGCGGUAUUAGUUCCAUCGAAAUUGUCGCAGUGAAGUUGGCGCACUAACACAUUCACGCCGCGUCGGUGAGCCGAUGGGCGAGGUGUCGACGACGCGGUGUGAAUGUGUUAGUGACUGUGUAGCCAACUUCACUGCGACAAGUUCAAUGCAACUUACAGUGUACAUAUCAAGUCUGGAACCGCCAGUAUCUCGAACUGCUAAAAAUCCUAUCGGUGUCUGCAUAAAAAAGGAGAUUCAUUUUGCAAUAAUAUUUGAUUAUUAUUGAAUGAAAGGUUUGCUUAAAAGUUCAACACAUGUGCUCUCUCUGCGCUCUCACUCUGAAGUAAUUGAACGUAACAUAACCUAAUUUAUCCUUGGGGUAAUUCAAACAGUCGUAUCCUGAAUUUAACUCAUUUCUUCCAGAAAAUAUUGUGAAGCUAAACUUCGUGUUGCGUGUACGCAAUACUGGGAAGAAAUGGGUUAAUUCAAAAAUGAAUCAGGUUAGCUUGGGUUAAAUUACUUUGGGUUGAGAGUGCAGGAGAAAGGGCAGAGUUCACGUGUUGAAAUUCUAAACAAAUCUUUCAUUCAAUAAUAACUAAAUAUUAUCACAUGUAUCAACUUUACUGUAAAAUGAAUGUCCUUACGUAUUCUAUAUUUAGUAAUUUUGUAAUUUAAUAACUUUAUUUUUGGUUAGGUUAGGUUAUAUUAAUAUUCCGGCCGCCUUUAGCAGCCGGCCACGAGAGUCAAAUGUUAUAAUUUGAAUUUUUAGUUCACCCGUUGCACGAAUAGGAGCCGAACUACAUGGUGCUAUUUACAGAAACGGUAUGCAAGCGAGCCGGUACACAUACGACCACGAGCGCAUACGUAUAGGCAAAAUUCACAGUACAUAGUAGUAACAAUAUCCUUUCGCGAAUAUCUCGCAAACUAAUCGAGUCCGACAUAGCUUACAGGAAAAAAGUUGUUUAAAUUGUCGAAUUUUACAACAUACCUAAAAAUCAUCAAAAUCGGAGGGGGAGUAUCUCAUCUACAAAUUCACCGUUUCUUACACCAAAAGUUUUUUUAUGCAAGAUACUCCGCUUAAAAAAGUAUUAGUGGUGGUCAACCAUUGCACCUGCUAUUCCAAGCAUAGACCCAUCGGAUCUGUUUCAAGAAUCACGUGGCACUUUAGGCGCUAAUAAAGUAAUAAUCACUGCCACUUCCAAAAUAAGCGAAAUUUCUUGCACAAAAAUUAAUAAAUUUGUAAGCGCAGUAUGUUCGAAACUAUUUGAAAUCAAAUGUAUAUAUACUACGUAUAUCUCUUCAUGGUCACUUCACGUCAUAAAUGUCGCGUUUUGAGUCGAGUAUUUUUGGAGCAUGUAAUAUUUCCAGACAACAUAUUUCAAGAUCAUCGAAAUCGGAACAGUACGAAGAUUAUCAUCGCAAAAUUGAUGCAAUUUAUAUGUUACCAGAAAAUACUAAUAAUGGCAUCGAUAAAAUAAAAAAAGUCGAGGACAGGAAUCCAAAGAGGAAUGUAACUGUAAAAUAUUUACCUUCUGAAGUAAAACGUAAACCAUCAUCGCAAAUGGUUUGGUUGGAUUAUCAAACGAAUCCAUCGAUUUCUCUUUCUUCAUCAAAUUUAAUUAACGAGGCAAAAGGCGGUCUGCAGCACACAACACAAUUAAAACCCUUAAAUCAACAAAUCAGUAAUACUCAGAAUAUGUUUCACAUACAUCAACUACCUCAACUACCUCAACAAAAUAGUAUUCAGAAUGUACCACUUGAGAAUUUGUCGUUGCAACAUUUUCAAUAUAAACUUCCGUAUCGUCAAAUUGAUUCAGAUUUGUACGUUUCAAAAACAUUCUCGAAUUUACCACUGAAUUCAUUAAGUGAACAAGAUGUUACAUAUUUAUCCAAAUCUCCAAAACAAAUGGAACCAAUUCAAGUAAAAUCUAGAUAUACUAAUAGCGAUAUAUCAUAUCAUAAAUCGUUGAAUGUACCUCAAAGUCAAUCCAAAGGUCAUAUUAAUUCAACAGUAGGUUUACAUUCUUUUCGACCAGAAAGUAGGAAAAUAUCACUAAGCAAUACACCUUUGCGGAUGAAAAAUGUAAAUUAUAGAUCUACACCAGUAACUGUAGAAAGAAUUAGGCCUAGUACAUCUCUAUCAAGGGCAACAUCAAAUUCACCAAAGUGUACUUUCCAAAGUUAUUCGAAUUAUCCUUUAAGAAAUGUUAACCGUUUGCAAAAAUCGGUUGCUGAUACUCCUAUGCGCUCACUGAUGCUUUCCAAUAAUGAAUACUUUCCUUCCAAAAAUUUAAACGAUGUAAAAAUUUCUCAAGAAAGUAAAAAAUCUUCAAUGCAGGAAAGUGAAAGUAGAACAGCAACGAUUAUAGAGAAUGAAUUAGAUAAAUACAUUGCUAAUAUUUAUAAACUCCAUCAGGACCAUAACAUGCAAAGUUUAAAUUAUGAAGAAAAUAAAAAUACUUCAUCGGAUAACGAUCGACAGUAUUACGCAGAAAACCAGUCAAAUGAAAAUUUAUCUAAAGAUAUUGAGGAGGUUUUAGCGUUGGCAGGUGAUCUUGCAUCUAAAACAGCAGAUUUAAAUGAUGCCAUUGAUAUUCCAAUUUCAGAGAAAAACCGUGCUGUACAUGAAGGAUUCGAAACAUCCGUAGUGGUAGAAAAAGAUAAAAUCAGUGCCGAUACUACAUUGUAUGAUCCAAAAUUAAAUUUAUGCGAAAAUGUUGAAAAGCCUGAGCAACAACUAUCUACAUUACACGUAGACCAAAAUAUUGAUUCUGUUGUUUUGUCAAAUGAUAAGUUCACAGAACAGAAUGAUGAUGCAAAUGUAAUUUUAAAAGAAAACUUGCAUCAUGAGAAACCUUUUAAAGAACAUGGUGUUUUUGUCUCAAAGGAAUCACAACUCGAUCAUUGUUCCUUUGAGGCUGUUGAAGAAUUAAAACCAUGGGAUUUAGAUUCUAUACAAAAACAAAUAAAGGAAGCAAUGUUAACUGUAGAAACUGAAAAUGAAUUUAGUGAAGAUGAAAUAAUUAACAAUAUUCCUGAACUAAAUGAAGAUAACACAAAAAAAGUUGAAGAAAUAAAUGAAGUAACGAUUGCAAAAAGUCAGGUGGGAAAUCAAGAUUUUAAAAAGGAAACAAAUUUAGAUAACAUAAAUGAUCAAUUAAACGUACAAAGUAAUGAUUAUCUUGAGUUAAAAGAGGACCCUAUAGACAACUGCAAAACAGAAACAAGCGAGGUUUCUGAUUUACCUAAUAAGAGGUUAGAAGAUGUACAAUAUUAUAUGAAUAAUGAGAACAUUACAGAAAAUUCGGAACCGGAACAUUACACAUUUACUGAACAGAAAGAAAUUGACAAUGUACAAACAGAUGAGUGUUAUGAAACAAAUGAAAGUAAUGUACAAGAAUAUAAUGAUCAAAAUUACAUUGAAGAAUCUAAUCAAGCACAAAAUUAUAUGGACAAUUUUAAAACAGAGCAGUUUAAUUUAAACGAAGAAUAUAGCUGCAACCAAAAUAUGUCAUAUGAAGUUAAUCAAGACAUAAAUUAUGAUCAAAAUGUUCCCUCUCAUGAUAGUCAACAGCAAGAAUAUCAAGAAUAUGUACAAGAGUCAAACGAACAUAACUCUGAAAAUCAGUAUGAACAUGUUUAUAACAUACAGUCUCAGGAAAAUUUAGAUCAGCAGAAUGCGUGUUAUCAACAACCUGACCCAAAUCAAGCAUCUGAAACUAAUAUGGAUCAGUCUCAUGAAUAUAUGGAUUUUAAUCGAUCAGAAAUCAUGCAAAGAGAUGAAGAUAAACCGAGUAAAUAUGAGCAAUCACAACAAGAAAUAGAAGAAGUAUCAGAAAAGUUUAACGAGUCUCAAAAUAAAAGUACAAAAGCACUAACUGAAAAUGAAUCAAAUCCGAAAAAGGAUGUAAUCAAAUCUUUAUUAGAUUCUGAUACAGAUAGUACAAUUGAAAGAAAUGUUUCAAAUACAGAAAGCGAUUUUGAUUUUAAUUAAAAUGCUAGAAAUAUAGUAGUUUAGCUUUACACAAAUAGUAAAUUUGCUUCUGUAUUUUGUUUUUAAUGCUAAAUCAAAUACAUUCAUAAGUAAAUUAAAAAACAAAUUUUGUUACAAUGUGUUUUUAUAUUUGUUUUAUAUUGCGAAGCAAAUUGAUUUUGUAAUAGUAUUUAACCUGUUUUUAACUCUUACAGUUGAUGCUGCAAUUUUAAUACAUAAGGUGCCACAUGUUACAUGGAACCUACUUCAGCAAUUCAUUCAGCACUGGGAUACAAUAAAAAAAAAUUUACAUAAAUAUAUAUUCUAUCGGACCUUGUUUAUGAAAUAUAACAAGUUU